ACAAACAAAUAGAAAAAAACAAGAAAGAAAGAAACAAAAAUACGAUAAGAAAUACAAAACGAAAAAAAUAACAGAAAAUCCACCGCCCAGAUAACCCUGCAAUCUCCUCAUGUUAAACUUCAUUUCUGUUGCGAUUGCAGGCGCGGUGCAAGGGAGAGGGACACGAGGCUGCAACCAGAUCUGUCCCAAAGAAGUGAAUCCCGUAUGUGGAAGUGACGGCAUCAUCUACUCCAGCUCUUGUGAUUUGAAGAGACAGACAUGCGGAAAGCAAGAGAGAGUGGUGGCAGUGUCCGACGAGCAGUGCCUCAGAGCCAACGGCGGGAAAUGCGACCACCGAUGCACGUCGCUGCUGGACCCCGUGUGUGGCUCUGACGGGAGGACCUACCUCAACAGGUGUAUCUUCAGGGUGGAGCAGUGCAGAUAUUACGAAUAUUUGCAAUUGUUUGAAAAAAGUGUCUUCCAGGUCGGGUGCCACCUUUGCCACUACGGCGGCCUUGCUCCAACGGACACCAACCCUUGCCCAAGCGACUGCUCAGACAAGCCCCUGGACGGCCCUGUCUGCGGCUCUGACGGGAAUGUUUACAACUCGACCUGCGACCUGGAAUACAGGACUUGCGGUCAAAAGGUUGUCAAGACAUCAUACAAGCACUGCCAGACGACCAAGCACUGCCAAGAUGUGUGCUUCUUCUCCUUUAAGCCUGUGUGUGCUUCCAACGGCCGUAUGUACAACAGCAAGUGUCAGAUGAAGAUGUUGAACUGCGGCAAACACAUCUUCCAGACUCCGAUGGUGCACUGCCGACCCCAGGAGCGUGUCCCCGGUGGCUGCCCUAUCACCUGUGAGGGAGAGACACUGUCCCCCGUGUGUGGUUCUGACGGAAAUAUCUACGACCACAAAUGCGACAUGAGGAGACUGACAUGCGGAUCGGGAAGUGCAGGUUCGGUCUAUGAAGUUGACAUCGAGAAGUGCCGAAAGAGGUUCGAGAAGUGCGAGCGAAUCGUAUGCCCCAGCACUCUGGACCCGGUGUGUGGUACUGACAGCAAUACUUACACCAACUACUGCCUGUUGCACAAGGCUCAUUGCAAGAAGGGCGUAGAGCUUGCCCACUACGGCGUGUGCCCUGACAUGACCACCACCGAGGAAUGCCCAAAGUUGUGCCCACAGAAGGCCGAGGAAUACCCCGUCUGUGGCUCUGACGGCAAUGUGUACAGUUCUGUCUGCGAGAUGAAGAGGAGGACCUGCAAUCAGAAGGUCGUUCCCGUGGCACUGCAUCACUGCCAGGCCACCAAGCACUGCUAUGACCAGUGCCAGGAAGAGGACGGAGGUGCCGUGUGUGGCUCAGAUAACAAGAUGUACCGAAAUGUCUGCGAAAUGAAAGCCAAGAACUGCGGUCGCCACGUCUUCGAAGUCCCCAUCAAGAACUGCCUCGCGGGUUUCAACUUCAUCAAAUGCCUGAAGUUCUGCCCGCCCAUGUUCGACCCUGUGUGCGGUACCGACGGCAAGACCUACAGCAAUGAGUGUUUCCUUCAGAUGGAGAACUGCCGCACCCGCAGUCUUGGCCGCAGUCUUGUUACCCGCAUUUAUCAUGGCAAGUGCGGCCAGCCAGUUCCCGAGGCGAAACUUUACAUGUUCAGAUAAAAAUUUACAGCAUGAGAGAAAAGAAGAAUGCAAGAGAAAUUCAAUUCCUUUUCCCAUUUUUUUAUGUGAUAAAAUGUGAAAUUUGAGGGUGGACUACAAGUACAUAUAGCUUUUUUCUGGAGAUUUUUCUGUUUAGCAAAAGCUUUGUUGUGUAGGUUUUAAUGUUCUAAUCGGGAUAUAAUACUGAUUAAAACUGUAUUUAUUGAAUUUAUUUGUCUUCAAAAAGCCAUCAAUUAUAUAUUUUAUUUCUGUUUAAUAUAUUCACUUAUUUCAUAUCUGUCAUUUAAUGCAUUUGAUUAAUUAUUCAUCUAUUUAUACACUAAUAUUGCUAACUAUAUUUAUCAUGUACUUAUUCAUAUAUCAAUGAUUACCCAUUAUUAUUGCUAAAUAAAUGCCUACAGACUAGCCCUAACAUUUCCUUCUUUUAAAAAAAUUAUCACACAAUAAGCUUCUUAGUAAAACAUGGGAAGUGAUUUUCAUAGCACUUUACAAAUAGGAGAAAGUCAUAUAUUAUAAAAAUCAAUACUACAGUAAAUGGAAAUUUUGGAAAUUUGGCAGAUAACUACAAUACCUUGUAUUUGUCUCUUUUAGUAUUUGUUCUUGGGAUUACGGCUACAGUUACCUCAUAAAAGUCCCCGAUGUCUUUUUUUCUCUCUCUCUUUUUUUGUCAUUAAUUGCUUAUCAGAAUGAUGCCCAGAUUUCUUAACUGUGCAGUUGUUGAGUUAAAUCUUGCAUAUAUUUUCCCUAAAAAUUAAUCUAAAAAAAAAAAAGUCAAUGAUACCAACAGAUCUUUUCAUUUUAACUGCUGCAUAAUUCCCACACAUUAUAAAGAAAAUCACCUCUCAGGUUUUACUAAGCUAACAGACAAAAUCCCAGUAACCCGAGAAAAAACAUAUCAAGGUUUAUACGUUCUUGACAAGCGUGGAGCUUGUAAUCUUUACAAUAUAUUUUCUCUAGUAUAAAAUUUCCCUUUGACUCUCUAAUUGAACUGAGUUGAAUUACAUUACCUAUUAAUUUCUAGAGCCUCCCAACCCCUCCAAUAGACAACAUAACACCUUGACAUACAUGUUGAUUUGUUAAUUAUUUAUUCGCAGCUUUCUUAAUUUAUUCAUAUUUAUUUAAUCUACUGUGUUAUGUUAUGAAUAUUCCCAGUUGAAGAAGCGUCUGCUGUGAUACUACAUAUAUAUAAUUUUUUUUCUCUCCUCCCCAACAAAAGAUAAAACUCUUUUCUUGUAGAUGUGCUAAGGCUAAGCCAUCAUAAGUUAGUAGUUGUUAGUAGGUUUGUUUGUACUCUAAGUUUGUUAGAAGGCAAAUUGUUAGCCAUGUUGAUGUGGAAUUAGUCCAUGUUUAUAUAUACACAUUUUAGAGGCGCAUAAAAAUGGCCUAUGUAGAGCUUGGUCAAAGGAGCUGGCGUAUUUUAUUCAGUAUUCUGAAUGACUUAAGUUAUUUAAGUUUCUUGAUUACCUAAUUAAGAGUUAUGCUAUUAUUAUUACCUGAAUAUGUAACAUGUGUAACACAAUGUUGUUAUAUGGUAUACAUUCUUUUUGAAUUAUAUAUGUGCAAUAAAUGUUUUCCUUGAAAAGGGAGAA